UAAAAGUAGCACUAUUUGUCUUUGUUCUGAACUGAACUGUACUUCAACUCAAGUACACAAACUGAAGUAGUAACAAAAAACCAUGAUGUUUCUCCAACAAAGAUCCACCAUCAUCAUCUUCUUGUUUUCACUAUUACUAAUACACCUCCCUAAAUUCUUCACCACCCCAGAUUACCCAUGCAAACCACCACACUCUCACUACCCAUUCUGCAACAUCUCUCUCCCCAUCUCCACAAGAACAACCUCUCUCAUCUCUCUCCUAACCCUCUCCGACAAAAUCAACCAACUCUCCAACACCGCAUCCUCCAUCUCCCACCUUGGCAUCCCAUCUUACCAAUGGUGGUCUGAAGCCCUCCAUGGCAUUGCAACCAAUGGUCCUGGUGUCAACUUCAAUGGAUCAGUUAAAUCUGCUACAAAUUUCCCUCAAGUUAUCGUCUCCGCCGCGGCGUUUAACCGUUCUCUUUGGUUUCUUAUUGGUUAUGCUGUUGGUGUUGAAGGUAGGGCUAUGUUUAAUGUGGGACAAGCUGGGUUGAGUUUUUGGGCUCCAAAUGUUAAUGUUUUUAGGGAUCCUAGGUGGGGGAGAGGACAGGAAACUCCUGGAGAAGAUCCUAUGGUUGGUUCUGCUUAUGCUGUUGAGUUUGUUAGAGGGAUUCAAGGUGUUGAUGGAAUCAAGAAGGUGUUGAAUGAUCAUGAUAGUGAUGAUGAUGGUCUUAUGGUCUCUGCUUGUUGUAAACAUUUUACUGCUUAUGAUUUGGAGAAAUGGGGAGAGUUCUCUAGGUAUAAUUUCAAUGCUGUGGUAACACAACAGGAUUUGGAAGACACUUACCAGCCACCAUUUCGUGGCUGUGUUCAACAAGGGAAAGCGAGCUGCUUGAUGUGUUCUUACAAUGAAGUUAACGGUGUUCCUGCUUGUGCUAGCAAGGAUCUUUUAGGACUGGUUAGAAACAAGUGGGGAUUUGAAGGGUAUAUUGCCUCAGACUGUGAUGCUGUGGCUACUGUUUUUGAGUAUCAAAAGUAUGCAAAAUCUGCCGAAGAUGCUGUUGCUGAUGUUCUUAAAGCAGGUAUGGAUAUUAAUUGUGGAACGUUUAUGCUUCGACACACUGAAUCUGCCAUUGAACAAGGACUGGUGAAGGAGGAAGAUUUAGAUAGAGCUCUUUUCAACCUGUUCUCUGUUCAAAUGCGCCUUGGACUGUUUAAUGGAGAUCCGGAAAAAGGCAAGUUUGGCAAACUGGGACCUCAAGAUGUUUGCACACCGGAACACAAAAAACUAGCACUUGAAGCUGCAAGGCAGGGGAUAGUACUUCUGAAGAAUGACAAUAAGUUCCUUCCCUUGGAUAAGAAGGAUCGUGUCUCCUUAGCUAUCAUUGGUCCAAUGGCAACUACGAGUGAAUUAGGUGGCGGUUAUUCAGGAAUUCCUUGCUCCCCAAGAAGCUUAUAUGAUGGGCUUAAAGAAUAUGUAAAGACGAUAUCCUACGCUUUUGGUUGCAGUGAUGUAAAAUGUGACUCUGAUGACGGGUUCGCCGUGGCUAUUGACAUUGCAAAACAAGCUGAUUUUGUUGUAAUAGUUGCCGGGCUUGAUACCACACUUGAGACAGAGGAUCUUGAUCGAGUUAGUCUUCUUUUACCUGGUAAACAGAUGGACCUUGUAUCACGUGUUGCUGCUGCUAGUAAAAGACCAGUGAUUCUAGUUCUUACUGGUGGAGGACCCCUUGAUGUCUCUUUCGCUGAAAGUAAUCAACUAAUCACAAGUAUUCUUUGGAUAGGAUACCCUGGUGAAGCUGGUGGAAAAGCACUAGCUGAAAUAAUCUUUGGAGAGUUCAAUCCAGCUGGAAGGCUUCCGAUGACUUGGUACCCCGAGUCAUUUACCAAUGUUCCCAUGAACGACAUGGGAAUGCGAGCUGAUCCUUCGCGUGGUUAUCCCGGAAGGACCUACCGUUUUUAUACUGGAAGCAGAAUAUAUGGAUUCGGGCAUGGCUUAAGUUACAGUGAUUUCUCGUACAGGGUUUUAUCAGCUCCAAGUAAACUUAGCUUGUCUAAGACAACCAAUGGUGGUUUGAGAAGAAGUUUAUUGAACAAGGUAGAGAAAGAUGUGUUCGAAGUUGAUCACGUUCAUGUUGAUGAGUUGCAAAAUUGCAACUCAUUGAGCUUUUCAGUGCAUAUUUCUGUGAUGAACGUUGGCGAUAUGGAUGGAAGUCAUGUGGUGAUGUUGUUCUCUAAAUGGCCUAAAAAUAUACAAGGUUCUCCGGAAUCCCAGCUUGUCGGAUUCAGUCGUCUGCAUACUGUUUCUAACAAAUCAAUUGAAACAAGUAUUUUGGCGGAUCCUUGUGAACACUUUAGCUUUGCAGAUGAACAAGGAAAAAGGAUAUUGCCCUUGGGCAAUCAUAUUUUGAACGUAGGGGAUGUUGAACACAUUGUUUCUAUUGAAAUUUAUUGAUUAUUGAUUGGUUGUAGAAUGUCAAUUGUGUAAUUCCUUGAUGAGUUGACAUUUUACUAAAGAAAAUAAUCAAAUAAGUGUAUUGUAAAAUGCAAUUUAUGUAUAAUGUAUAUGUUGAGAGGAUAUUAGAAUUCAGAACAAUAAAGGAUACAAAGAGAAA